AUGACAGGGACACUGCACGAUGGGCUCACGCGCAGUACUGUCCGGAAAAUAGACCGUAUCCUCUUGCCGUUUCUAUCACUCCUUUUCCUGGUAAACUCCCUCGACCGGUCCAAUAUCGGAAAUGCCGAAACCGCUAAUUUCACCCGGGAUGCUGGCUUGCAAAAGGAAGAUUUAAACGAUGCGGUGGCGUGGUUCUUUGUGUUUUUCGUUGCGCUACAGCCGGUGGGUGCCGCUGCCGGGCGGAAAUUUGGUAUGAGUAUCUGGGUGCCGAGUGUGAUGACCCUGUGGGGUAUCUGUACGUUGCUCCAUAUCUGGGUGAGCAAGCGGUGGCAGUUGAUCUUGCUUCGCGUGGUUCUCGGGUCGUUGGAAGCGGGCUUCUAUCCCACGGCUGUGUCAUACCUAUCUCUCUUCUAUACCAGAUAUGAGUUUGGCCGGCGGCUGGGGCUAUUCUACGGCUCAUACGGCGUGGCCGGCGCACUGGGUGGUUUCAUCGCAUUUGUCGUAUUUUCUCGGUUUCCAAGUGGCAGAGCGCCAUCGACGGUGCAGCUCGAAUCCGAUGACUCUUGGAAGCCAUGGCAAGUUUUGUUUGCAGUUGAAGGGUCCUUGACGAUUGUGACCGCCUUGAUUGGCUUUCUAUGGCUGCCGAAAAGUGGAGGUACCGCGUGGUUUCUAUCUCGGGAAGAACGGAAAUGCGCUGAAGCCCGCGUCAAUGCUGAUCGCGAAAUAGCCUCUUGCCAUGGCUCUGGUAUGACUAGGGUGACAGAUAGUCUGUCGGGGCAAGAAGGGGAACAAUCGCGUCGAUUGCUCGAAGACGACCGGACUCUUCGCGGGAACUGGCAUAUACGUGAUAGCAAUAAUUUCACGGCUGAUGCCGGGAUUUCGAAGUCAGAAAUCCUUUCCGUUGUGUUGUUCUUGCCCAUGGUCCUCCCGAUCCUCCUCCUCAAUAUCGCUUCUGCCAUUCCGAGUACAGGGUUUUCAAUAUUCCUACCGAUCGUCCUAUCUUCAUCGAAAGUGGCAUCGCCACUACACGCCAAUAUACUCACUGUGCCUCCGUUCCUCCUGGCUUCAGUGACGCUUUAUAUCUUUAUGCAUUGGAGCGACAAAUCACGCAAACGCUUUGUUCCCAUCUUUGCCAGCCUUUGUGUCAUCAUGGCCGGGCUCGCCCUGACUCUCUUAUUUUCACCGCCCUCUACCUCCAUCGGGUCUGUGAUAUUGUAUCUUUGUAUGUGUUUACUGUUGAGCGGCUGUUUCAUACCGAGCCCGCUCACCGUGGCGUGGUAUGCCGGGAACAUCCCCGAUCCAGGAAAACGGGCCAUUGUCCUUGGUAUCAAUGGCUAUGGAAAUUUAGCCGGGAUAUUUGCAGCUCAAAUAUUCGCCCCAAAGUAUCAGGAGGAUAGUUUUCGCACGCCCUUCUUGAUGACUUUUGGCACCACGCUCUUGAGUCUGAUUGGGUUUGUCGGGCUGAGGAUUAUGCUUCGGAUGAUCAAUGAUGCACGGAAACAGUAUUUGCACCGCUGGUCGGAGGGUGAUCUGGCGGAUGAACACGAUUCGGGAUUGGGUGGAAAGCAGCACUGGGGCGAAGGCGCACCCCCCUUGGUCGUCGUUGGGGGCGGGCUAUGGGAUAAGUAUGUGAGGCUUCUGGUUGGCGUGAAACUACUUGGUAUGGACAUUGACUCGGCCCUUGCGAGGCGGGGAGAUGAAAAGAUGACAUUUACUUACGGGUAUUGA